UCUCCUCCCAGUCAGCCCAGCAGUCAUUUCUCUUUUCACUUUCUUUCCUAACCAUCAUUUAUUUCCUUCUGCGUGAGUUUACAGGCAAGAGGCACCGGUCUCCCCCUCUCUCUCCACCUCCUUCCCAGCCAUGUGACUGAGCACUCCCUGCACCAAGUGAAACUUUUCAGUCUCAGGGAAGCUCGGCUCGCUCGGCAGCGGCUCCCGGGGAGAAGCAGCGCCCUCAGGAGAGCCCGCAGCCCGCUGGCCAUGGGGAGGAGCGCUCGGCAGCUCAUCUCGCUGACCCUCGCCUGUGCAUUUUCCUCCUGCUUUGCUGAAGUGGCCCUGGGGGUCGAACUGUCUCCAGAAACCACAUCCUUCCACCAAAUGGCUACUUCUGCUCAGCCACUUUCCCUUUAUCAUUCUUCACCCCAUCAAAGCACCGCAGUUCAUUUUACCAGCACAGGCCCUCUUCAAACAACACCCAUGGGCCACAGAACAGCUGAGCAGACAACGGAGCAGCUCCAGGCAACAUCAGCUGCAGGCCAGCACACGGCAGCCCAGGCAGGAGCAGGCACUGUACCCACAGCCCCUGCAGACAGCCCCGGCCCCGGCCGGGCCACCACCCCGGCGAUGCCCUCGCUUACAGAGGUGGUCAAGAACACCACCACUGCCCCUGUGUCCUCCACCAGGCACGGCAAGGGACCACGUGUGACCACAGGAACUGCGGCAGUGGCCACCAACACCUCCCUGAAGCACGAGACAGCGAGUACCCCGGGGGCAGCUGCCACCUCCGCCUCGGCAGCCCCCAGCACGCCGAGGGCCGGGCCCAGCACGCGGUCACGGAGACAAACAGCAGCCACUGGUGCUCCAACAGCCACGGCCGUGACCAACACAACAGGCACCCAUGCAGGGACACAAACAGCCCCCACAUCCCCUGCCAGCACAGCGAGACCCCCUCCCACCCCACAGCCCUCUGCCAUCCCCACAGGCACCUACACCGUUUCUGAUGGCAACAGGACCUGCGUCAAAGCCGUCAUGGGUCUGCAGCUGAUGGCCCGAAAUACACAACAGGAGCAGAUGGAAUAUGUGACUGUUAACCCAAAUGCGACAAAGAUAUCUGGAAGCUGUGGGAUGGUGCAGUCUGAGCUGAACUUAACUUUUAGUGGAGGAUUUGUAAACAUCAACUUUGUAAAGCAAGCUCCAAGUUACUCUGUGACUAAAAUUGAGAGCAGAAUACUGUUAUCUUCUGAAGGUAUGCUUUACUAUGCAGCCCUAAAUGAGAAGCUGUUCACAACAAAGCUGGGGAAUUCCUUUAAGUGUGCCAGCAGGCAAACCUUCCCCUUGGAGAAGAACUUCCAGAUCCUCUUUGUUCAUAUGCAGCUGCAGGCGUUUGACAUUGUGGGUAACCAGUUUGGAAAAGAAGAAGAAUGUUUUCUUGAUAGAAACGGCAGAGUAGCUCCCAUUGCAGUGUGCCUGUGUAUCCUGGGAUUGUUUGUCAUUGUGUUUGCCACCUUCCUGAUCUCCAGGAGGAAGCCACAGAGAGGAUAUGAACGCAUCUGAGGUGCCCCUAUGAUUCCAAGUGUGUGCAGCAAGCAGAGAAGUCACAGGAGUUUUUGCUUCUGCCUGGCAAUCUCUCUGCCCUGAAGCCACAUUUUUAAGUGAGAUGACACUGUGUGUUUACAGCUAAUGAAUGUUUCUGGAAGGAGUUCUUUUAAGGUGGGAAGGAGAGAACUCACACCUUCUGCUUUAGGCUAUUCUUAGCAUCUAAUUUAGAUGUAGUCCAAAAUGAGGAGCCUAAAUUCUCUCUGUUGUCAACAAAGGAGGUCAUUCAGAUCACUUAAGCCAUAUUCCUAAAAAUAGCUUAAAGCAAGCAGUAUCACUAACUCCCAGAAAAUGCAUCAGGUUUGUUAAUGAUGGUGUUCAGAUUUAUCAAAAGACCUCAGUCUGACCUUCAGGUGAAUAAAUCUGAGGCCCACAGCUACAGACAACCCUGCUAAGUGAGAGCUCACUGAAAGCUUUUUCAGAACAUGGUGUGUGCCAAAAUCUCAGGGGAAUUGUCAGUGUGACUCCACUCACAAGCAAGUUCUCACCAGUCCUACACACGGUUACACUUCCUAAGCUCCUGGGGUUCUCCCUCUAAGCCCUUUGCAAAGACAGAGUGGUAAUUGUGACUCUUACCCUGGAGCUUAAUAUGUUCCUGGUCUUGUGAGAGCUCAGGAAUCCCCCACGUGCUGUUCAGACAUGGACUUGUCACAGUGACCACACUGAGCCCAAGAAAUGUCCUCUGCUGGGGCAACAGGGUGGUCUCUUAAUCCAGGAAGAUGCCACAUUCACUGGAAAUGCCUGGGAUUAAGUGACCAUCACUGGGGCACCUAAAUGAGGUCCAUGAGAAGUGGAAAUCCACUGAUGCUGUAUGAUCCAGGUUUCAGUGGGAAAUAAAAGCUUGCACAGACCUUGGACAAAUCUGCCCAAAAGUGAGUAUUCUCCAGGGUGCUCAGGGCUGAGCAGCUGGAUUUUCAUAUGGAAAUAAUUUGGAGUUGCUUUAAAGCACAGUGAUACACUCUGUAGUCUAUUUCCUGCUGAACCAAUGAUGAAGGCAUGAGAAUAGUAAUUGCUUUUGAGAUUUAAGUCCAGCUCAUGUUCUUUGUUGUAACAAGGAAAAGUUCCUUGUCACAAAAGAUUUACAUGUGCAGAAAUGUGCACAUACACACAUACACAUGUGCACAUGCCACACAAUCUGCUCACUGAAGCAAAUGAUAUCAAGAUGAUAAGAAAUUAUGUACAAAAACAUUUGCAAAAGAGAAGAUAAUAUUAAUAAGAACACACUUCCUCCAAGGAGUUAGGAUAAUGGCUUAAAUUUUACUAAUAAAAGCUUGGCCUGGAAAAGGACUGUGAAAUGGCUCUCAUUAAACAAAAGAAAGACUGAAGUCAUAAGCAAAAAUGCCUUGACAGUUAAAUCUGUAUCUAAACAAAAAGGAAAUGCUGGGAGUUAAUUAAUUUCUAUGAAUAAUGGCCCAAAUCCUGCGCAGUUAUUAAUGGUGAUGAAACUUCACUGGAUUUUCACUGGAUAAAAUUGAUGGUUAUGUCAUGUCAGAUAUUCGCUUAAGUAUUUAAAAAAUAGUUUUGGUAUUUUACUAGUAUUUCACUAGUAAAGUGCA